UGCUAAUAGGGGGGCCGUUACCCCGAGGACAUGAGUUUGAACUACACGAUGUUCGUUUUCACUGGGGGAGAGAAAACCAGCGUGGGUCUGAGCACACCGUCAAUUUUAAGGCCUUUCCCAUGGAGCUCCAUCUGAUGCACUGGAACUCCACGCUGUACAGCAGCAUUGAUGAGGCAGUAGGGAAGAAGCACGGCAUAGCUAUUAUUGCUUUGUUUGUGCAGAUAGGAAAAGAGCACAUAGGCCUGAAGGCUGUGACUGAAAUUCUCCAGGACAUCCAGUACAAGGGAAAGUCCAAAACAAUACCCUGUUUUAAUCCCAACUCUUUAUUGCCAG